AUGGCCUUGGUUGUCUUCGACUACGACUGGAGCUUGAUCAACGACAACUCGGAUACGUUCGUCUUCAAGGAGCUCCAGCCGGCGCUGCUCGACAACCUCAAGCAGCUCACGGCGAGCGGCGUGCAGUGGACGGACGCCGUGGAUCAAACGCUUGGGCAAUUGACGUCGACGACGCGCGAACAGCUCAUCGAGGCCAUUGCGCGCGUGCCCGUCCAGCCUGGUAUGCUCGAGGCGGUCCGCUUCGCCCACGCCCAAGGCGCCGAGAUUAUGAUUGUGAGCGACGCCAACACGGUCUUCAUCGAGAGCAUGCUCGCGCUGCAUGGCUUGCAGGACAUUGUGCGCCCGGUGUUCACCAACCCCGGGACGUUCGACGGCAACAUCCUGCGCGUGCACCCGUUCCAUCCCAAGGCCGACGCGCUCCACGGCUGCCCUAAGUGCCCCGUCAACAUGUGCAAGGGCGCCAUUUUGCGUUCGAUCAAGGCGGCCAAGUCGUACACCAAGAUCGUCUACAUUGGCGAUGGCGGCGGCGACUUUUGCCCGACGUCCGAGCUCUGCUCGACCGACUAUGCGCUGGCCCGCGCCGAGUACGAGCUUGCGAAGCGCCUUGCUGCGUCGCCCGUCAGCGUCAACGUGCGCACGUGGUCGACUGGCGACGACAUCUUCGCGCUCUUCCGCGAGCUCUUAAGCUAA